UCUCUCUCUCCUCAAACGCUAUCGAAAGAGAAAGCUAUUUGUUCUGUUUCGAAAGGCAGAAAAAAAAACUCAGUGCUGAGUCUCGGGACAGUGAGCUCUUGGUGGACAACAAUAAGUGUUUUCAUUGGAAAAGAAUCUACUAAACUGUUUUAAUAAUGGGGGAAGAAGAUUCAAAGGCAACCGUUGAGGCAACAGCAACAAAGACUACCUCUCUUGAAAAGCCAUCAGAGGUUAUGAAAGGAAACAAGGAGGAGAAUGGUGGAGGUAAAGAAACGCAAGAACUUGAGAAAAAUGAGGAGAAGGCUGAACCUGAAAAAAUGGAGAUGGAUGCUGGGAUUGAAAAAAUGGAAGAAGACGUUACUGUCACCAAAGAUGAGGGACAAGCAGAGGUCACCAACAUGGAUGAAGAUGCUGAUGGAAAGAAAAAGCAAAGUGAUGAUGGUGUCUCUGAAGGUAGUAAGGUGGAAGAUACUGUAAUGACGGAAAAUGUUGAAUCUAACAAUGGCAAAGAUGAUGAAAAGCAAGAGACUAAAGUGGCAGACCACAAGAAAGCUGAGAAAGAAUCAGAGGAGGACGUGAAAGAUGAAGGUGAAAGAGUAAAUGGAACAAGACAGGAGGAUGAGGAGAAGCUGGUAGAUGGAGACAAAGGGACAGAAAAGACUGAAAAUGUGGAGAAUGUGGAUGAAGAUAAAAAGGUACAGAGUGUGGAGGAAGAUCAAAAAGUGGAGACUGUGGAUGAAAAGGAAAAGGAGGAUAAUGCAAAGGAGCAGAAGGAGGAGGGCUUGGUUGAAGAAGGAAAAGAAGGGGAAGACAUAGAAGAAGAUAAAACAGAGAAAGUAGAAGCGGCAAAUUCAAAGGUGGAAGAUGAAGAUGAGGAUGGCAAUGAAAAAGUGGAGAGCAAAGAUGCAAAGGAAGAUGAAAAAGCUGAGAGCGGUGAUGAGAAGGAAGAUGAGAAAGAAGAGAGCAAGGGUUCUAAAAAGCGUGGGAAGGGAAAGGUUGUUGAGAAGACAAAAAAUAAAAAAGAGAAAAAGGAUGCAGAACCGAAGACUCCUUUGUCUGAUCGCCCUGUGCGUGAGCGGAAAUCAGUUGAGAGGCUUGUCGCAGUGAUUGAUAAAGACUCUUCCAAAGAAUUCCAUAUUGAAAAGGGGCAAGGUGUAUAUCUCAAAGAUAUUUCCAGCGUUGCAUACAAGGUAACGAGGAAGAAGUCGGAGGGAACUUUGAGGUCGCUGCACACAAUUCUAUUUGCCAGGAGAGGGAAGGCGGCUCAGAUCAAGACAAACAUAUUGGGCUUCUCUGGCUUUGUUUGGCAUGGAAAUGAGGAAAAGGCAAGAAAGAAAAUAAAAGAAAAGCUCGAUAAAUGUAACAAAGAAAAGCUGUGGGAGUUUUGCGAUGUGUUUGACAUACAUUUUUACAAAGCUACAACAAAGAAGGAAGAUCUUAUUACAAAACUGAUUGAGUUUUUGGAGAAACCUCAUGGGAAAAGCGACAUUCCAGCUAAUGAGAAAGAUAAGUCAAGUACUGGAGCAAAGCGAAAGAGAACUCCAAAGAAAAGCUCCCCUGCAGCUGGAAGUUCAUCCUCCAGACGAUCAUCAAAGAGAAAACGAAAGUCUGAGGAAGGAACAAAGGCUGUUAAAAAGAGUUCAGCUGAUUCUGAGGAUGAGUCUGAGGAUGCAGAAAAGGAGAACAAAGAGGAGGAGGAGAAUGAUAAUGGUAUUCCUGAUAAAUCUGAAAGCGAGGAGAAAGAUGAAUCUGAGGAGGAAGAAAGACCAAAGAAGAAGAAGCGCAGUUCGAAAGUGUCAGCUGGGAAGAAAGAAUCUGCAGGGAGAGCUAGAAACAAGAAAGCGGCAGUUGCUUCAAAAUCCAGUCCUCCUGCGAGAGUUACACCGAAGCGAACAUCAGCAAAACGAAAGAAGACAGAUGAUGACAGUGAUACAACGCCAAAGGCGUCUUCUAAGAGGAAGAGGUCUGCAAAAGUUACCAAGGCCUCGGCCCCGUCAAAGUCUGUUUCAAAAGAGAAGCCAGUGAAAAGUGCUGGAAAAGGGAAAGAGAAAAUCAAAGGGCCAAGUGAUAAUGUGUUGAGAAAAGCAAUCAUUGAGAUUUUGAAAAGGGUGGAUUUGAAUACGGCUACAUUUACGGACAUCCUCAAAGAACUUGCUAAGGAGUUCAAAGAAGAUCUCACCCCAAGAAAGUCAUCUAUAAAGCUGAUGAUCCAAACUGAGCUCACCGAACUAGAAGAAGAGGUUGAUGAACAAGAGGAAGAGAAGGAAGAUGAUGCAGAGAAGGAGAAAGAAGGAGGGUCUGCUGAGGAGGAGAAGAAAGAAGAGAAUGCAGAGAAGGAGAAAGAAGAAGCGUCUGCUGGUGCUGAGGAGGAGAAGAAAGGAGAUAAUGCAGAGAAGGAGAAAGCAGAAGCGUCUGCUAGUGCUGAGGAGGUUAAGAAAGGAGAUGAUGCAGAGAAGGAGGAAGCAAAAGGCUUUGCUGGUGCUGAAGAGGUUAAGAAAGGAGAUGAUGCAGAGAAGGAGAAAGGGGAAGGGUCUGCUGGUACUGAGGAGGUUAAGAAAGGAGAUGAUGCAGAGAAGGAGAAAGCAGGAGGCUCUGCUGGUGCUGAGGAGGUUAAGAAAGGAGAUAAUGCAGAGAAGAAGAAUGUAGAAGGGUCUGCUGGUACUGAGGAGGUUAAGAAAGGAGAUGAUACAGAAAAGGAGAAAGGAGGAGGCUCUGCUGGUGCCGAGGAGGUGAAAGCCUAAACUCUUUUCUGAUCACAUGGCACAUACCUAGACUCAUCUCUCUCUCUCUAGCCUACCAUUUAAAACUUUGGAUAUAAUAUUUUGUUGUUGUUUUUGUUUGAGUCUGGAUUUGCGUAAACCAGCUUUACUUUUGGUAGAGACAAGAAGUAAAUUUAGCUGCUGCAUAGCCAAAAAGAUAGGGUUGCUUGUAUGUCUAUAUACCAUUUAGCAUAAAAGCCUCCUUGGAUUGUUGUUUGAAUUGUGAGGCUCCCUUUUCAGACAUUGUCCAGUUUUCUUUAGUUCUUCUGGUACAGACAAGGCCAAUGGUAAUAAAUGAAUAAUAUGAUUAUCUUGUUUCCC